AGCAGACAGCAGUGAUGUGUCCUAUAUUUCAGGACAGGCACACGAUGAAUGAGGGCACGAGAGUCUCUUUCGACCAAGCGGCGGAGGAUGAGACACAGCAGGUACGGGGCGGGUGCGACUUCCGCACUGGCCGAGGCAACGGUCCCAACUCCAACAGAAGGAGCUACCCUGCAGAGUCGUCAAGGAGGAAAGCAGGCGAGGGCUCCAUAUAUCUCGACGGGGGAGAUUCUGCAUGGCCUUAUGACUCUCCAAGCUGUGCAAUGCGCAGAGGGUCUCUCGCCCAUCGUGAAUUGCCCGACUUUUCCUCAAUCUCUAGCUUCAAGAGCUUGAUCAGGGCCACAUCAAGUGUGCCGUUAUUUUCGUACACCUUGAAGCGCAGCCCAGGCGGCCUGACUUACCUUUAUGUCCAGAAGUCGGUGCUGGGGAUGGUGAUCCCCAUCCCCGGGAUGCAGUCUAGGAGGACGCUGUCCGUGAGCUCAUCCCACAGCACACGUGGUUGUAUAUUCAUGUACUCGCAGCGUCAGUCGUCACAGACGGAUAUGAGCCACGAACGCUCCAUUACGGAGGAUUAA